AUGAUAUACUGUGUGUCUGGACCAAUAAGAGUCUCUGCGGGCCUGUGGGGCUCCGCCCCCUCCCGGCCGACCACCAACCAGUCGAGGAGACGCUGCCAGGGGGUCACGGUGGAGGAGCCGGGACAGGAAGUGACCUCAGGGGAGGCUGAUGAUGAUUACGAAUCAGCUGAGCAGCUGGGGGCGGAGCUUGUGACUCUGUCUCUGCUGCCUGGGUCUCGAUGGAAAAGUCUGCUGCACCUGGACGUCAUCAAGAGGAGGAAUAAGCCCGUGGCGCCCCCUGCUGCUCCGGCUGCUGCUCCGUUCUUCCUGCCAACAGUUCCUGGUCUCACACCUCGAUUCUCGUCACCAACGGCAACCCAACAGGAAACACAGUCGAAGGUUUUGACGUGGGGUUCGUUGACUCAGAGGUCAGAGUUCAGCUCCGCUCUGGAGUCAGCUCUGCAGUCCGGAUCAUUCGAUCGCCCGCUGCGCCUCCUGAAGGAUUGUGGGCCGGCGGCGCUCUCUGUGGAGCUCACCUGUUUGUCAUCAGAGGGGGGCGGGGCCAGCAGCCUUCUGUUAGCCUUCAUUCACAUGAUUGACAGCAUGUUGGCCAGUGGGCGGGACUUUGACCUGGCUCAUGCUUACCUGGCGCUUUUCCUGAAGCUCCAUCUCCGCUUGUUGUCGCAGGACUCGGUUGCCAUGGCAGCGUUGCUCUGCCUCUCCUCACGGCUGGAGGCGGGGUGGGCGGAGCUACGAGCAUCAUUUGACCAAUCACUGUGUCUGCUGUCGUACGCCAAGAGCGCGCUGCUCUAACACAUUUUUGUAUUAUAUA